GGUGGAUUGCCCCAGACCGCUCGAUUCAACGCGUUUUAAAGUUUUCAUCCAAUGCGACCACCAGCACAUCUGCGAGGUUGUUCAGCCUUUUUUUGUUAGGGGUGCGAGAUUGUGCAUCCUGCUAGUGAGAGUACUGCAAGCCUACAACUACUACUGGUGCUCGUUGACUCGAUUGCCAAUGCCAAGACGCGCACGCUAUUGCCGAUAUCUCUCUUUCCUUGCCCCACUCCGGCGCAGCUAUGGCUACCGCCGCUGCCGUCUCUUUGUUGUCCACCAAGGCUUUCAACCACCUCGACAACUACGGCAAAUCCGAUGGCAUGGAGGAUGUCAAGAACCGGCUCAGGCUUGCCAUGCCAAAGUUCCAAGCGGUGUUCAAUGUCGCCAAUCUGGAAAGCAUCAGGCAGCAGAGCAGCGCCCUGGAUGCAUGGCUGUGGCGUCUCAGGGACGCAGUUGAGGAGGCUGAGGAUUCCAUCGAUGAACUUGAGUACUACCAACUCGACGCUAAGCCUAAGGAUCCAAAGGUUAGUGGCCGGAGCUCUUGUUUCGGGAAGAUGAAGCAUAGAUUUGUUAGAUCUGUUAUUAAGCGUGGCAAUGCCUUGGAUAAUACUCGGAAGAAAUUUACUCACCGACACCGUGACACUCUCAAAAGACUGGCGAAAGCACUAGAUGGUUUAGCCAAGGCUGCUGAAGGUGUUGAGGAUGUCUUCGCCGCCAUAGACCAUCUGAGGGGAACUGGGCUCGAAGGGCAAUCCGUGGACGAUGAAGACGGAAAAGUUUUCUUAUCAAAUGCAACUGCAUUUAUUGGGCGAGAAAAUGAGAAGAAACAAAUCAUUGGAUGGCUGACCAACACAUCGGAUGAAUCGUCUGAAACUAUGUCAAAUGUCACAGGUAUUCCCAUUGUUUCAGUGGUUGGUCAUGGUGGCAUGGGGAAGACUGCUUUGGCUCAGAGCAUAUGUGAAGAAGAAGAGGUCCUGAAAUGUUUUAACGUCAUAUGGGUUACUGUAUCCACUACAUUCGAUGCCACAUCACUAACAUGCAAAAUACUGGAAUGCGUUACAGGGCAAAAACCAAGUGUUGAUCGUUUGGAUCCACUUCAACAAUAUCUCAAAGAAAAACUCAAGUCUAUGAAUUAUUUGCUAGUUUUGGAUGAUGUCUGGGAAGAUAAGAAACUACAUGAAUGGGAAAGGUUAUUUGCUCCUCUGAGGCAGCUGAACACUGGGAGCAAGAUUUUGUUGACAACCCGAAUGCAAUCUGUAUCGAACAUGGCCGCAUCUGUAAUGGGUGUCAGAAGAGAUCAGUGCUUAACUUUACAAGGACUAGAAGAAGAUAAGAAUCUUGAGCUCUUCAAUCAUCAUGUGUUCUCUGGUUUGAACUCACAAGCCUACAUGCACUUCAAAUUAAUUGGAGAACAAAUUGCAAAGAAACUAGGAGGUUGUCCCUUGGUAACCAAGGUUACAAGUGGCCAUUUGCGAGGUAAUAUGACUACUGAAUACUGGCAUAGGUUCUUGGAUGAGAGUUUGGAGAGUUUUAAAUCAGCCGAACAUGACAUUAUUAGUGUUCUCAGGCUAAGCUACUAUGAUCUUCCUACAGAGUUGCAGAUGUGCUUUCGAUAUUGUAGCUUGUUUCCCGUGGACCAUGAAUUUCGCAAGGAAGAGUUAGUGAAGAUGUGGAUUGGUUCAGGACUGAUCUCACAGCCUACAAGUUACUCACACUCCUUAAAGUUAAAGGUAGUGGACGCGCGUCAAAAAUUCCUGGAACAGUUGGGAGAUACUGCCAAUCAAUUUUUGGCUCAGUUGACCAGAAAAUCAUUCUUUGAUAGAAAAUCUAGAGCACGGAGGGGUGUCGUGACAAAUGAAUAUUAUUUAAUGAAUGGCAUAAUGCAUGAAUUGGCAAGGACUAUGUCUUUAGGUGAAUGUGCAAGAAUAACUGACCCUGCCAGAUUUGAAGAUGAGAAGGAUACGGUCCGACACUUAUGCAUUGCUCAACUUCACAAUUUUUCUGUUGAGCACAUCAAUAAAAUCUUCUGUUUUAAGAAGCUUCGCACCAUUAUCAUUGAUAGUAAUUGUGAAGCUGCAGAGGAUAUAGCUUGUGCACUUGAAAAAGUUCUUGAGAGCUCGAAAUCACUGCGUUUGAUUCAUUCAAAGUUGAGGAACACAUUAAACUUUGCUGACAAGUUUGUUAACUUGAAACACCUUCGCUAUCUGUACCUAGAUAGAAUGUCACCGGAUGGGAUGCGUGACACUUCAAAACUUCAUCACUUGACUUCGUUUCAUUCUCACAGUGGUUUACACACAGGAAUAUUGUAAGUCAAUUCUAUUAUCAUCCCUGCCAUCUACUGGAGUUUCCCGGCUUAGCAUUUUCGCACUCCUUCGGGGCCUGUCGGAGAGCACUGUUCCCGCAAAUUAUGUGUCCUUCCGGAUUAUGGUCCAUCAGUGAAGGGUGGAGGUUUGCCCAGCUUGGCGGGGCGUCUUCAAUGUCGGUGAAGGCUGGUGGUCUUCAGUCACUUUGGUAUUGUAACGUUUUGUGGCCCUGUGGCUUAUAGUCUCGUUGUGGUUUUAUUUUCAGAUUGAUGUACUUUAUGGUCUCUUUGUGCAAUUGGUGCUGUCAGAUUAAAUUGAUCGAUGGAAUCGAAAAUAAUGUAGCAAUUCUCCUGCUAAGUUUAUAAAAAUGUGUUCUGGUUCAGUGAAAAGCU